AUGUCGAUGCCAGGAGGCUUCUACGCCAACUCGCGGACCGGCCGCAACGACUCGCCAACCACGCAGGCCAUGAUGGAAUUAGGUGAAGAAGAAGUCGAUCCCGCCAAUACGGGGCUACCCUUGUUCGAAGGCAUGCCUGAUGACGAUGAUGAUGACGAGGACAACGAUGAGGAUGGGUGGGCCGCCGUCGACGAUAUGGCCACUUUGGGCUCGUACACUUUCUCGGAGACCUCGGACGACAGGUCUUUCAAUGAGGACGAGGAAGAAGAGGCAGAAGAAGAGGAGGAGGAAGAAGAAGAAGAAGAAGAAGAACUGGAUCAAGCUACAGAGAUUGACGAGGACGAUGAUCAAGACGAGGCCGAUGCUGAGACCAAUGACCCAAGUGGCGGCGGCAACGGCCCCGCCCUGAGGAUCGCCUUCGAUCGUAAGUGGAGGCAAUCCGGGCCAUCCGCCAUCCCCGAGUUAGAGUAUGCAGUCGAACUGAUUCACCGCCGAUGAUCCCACAAUCAGCCACGAGUCGGCAAAUUUUGAUAAUUGAUGAUAAUGGAAACGCCGCUCAGUUAACACACCAACACUUGCGAGGGACGGGCACCACACUCGCUUCGAUCCGGCGCAUGAUCCUCUCGCAGCUCGUGCCCAGAAUGCGAAGCAGAGUCAUGGCCGGCCAAGGCGAUGACGAAGACGAAGAGGAGGAGGAGGAAGCCGAAGAAGACGAGGAUGACGAUGGAGAGGACUCGGGUGGGUACGAUGACCCGUAUUGGGGUCCGGCAAGGAGGACGACCAAGAACUAUUACGAGAUUCCCAAGGAACCCGUACCCGCCGGAGUCAGGCUCGAACGAUCGGGCGAAUUCGGUCCAGUCAGUUUUGACAUCUUAUCAUCAUCGAACGAAGAAUUUUAUACUGAUAGCAGGUGUCGUCCCCUCUCCAGCCGCCAAAAAAGUACGCCGCGACCGAACGCAAAUUCGGCGACUAUUCCCCAAACGUCUCGAGAAUCCUACGCGAACGCGAUCUCAACGUCGGCCGAAUGCCCAAAAGUUGGCUCGCACAUGUGAGUUAUGCUAAGCCCCAUGGUUAAUUCAUCUUUGCUCAUGUGCGACUAUUUUGCAGGACCUCGUGCCCAACAACUCGGGAGUCGAAGUGGCGCAGCUUCAAGCCAAAGUCUACUCGGGGCAAUACUCGACCGAUGGCGCUUUCUUUUGUGGGUCCAGCUCCCAUACCUCGCCUGGGACCGAUCGAAAUUUGCUGAGACACUGUACUAUACGUAGAUGCGGCGGCGAAAGAUUUCAAGAUCUACGUCUACGACACUAAGGAGCCACCUCGCACGGGCAACAAAUCUGUCAUCGAGGCCACGCCUACGGCAACACGGCGCAAUCGACUGUACGGUGGCACGUGGGAGCAUCGAUCGUCGAUGAAGGUGAUCAAGACGAUCCAAGCCAAUCCGAUCGCUUGUCAGUGGACCGUAACCGAUGCUUCGCUGAGUGUCGACAACGAGUGGAUGCUGUACGCGAGUAUCUCGCCCUAUGUGCAUCUCGUCAAGACGGGCGGUGGAGGGAAUAACGGGGUGUGGGACUUGGACGAACAACAAGAGAUGCUUGACUUUGCGAAUGGCUCGCGAAGGGACGUCGGUGGAGUGAGUUCAGGUCCAGCCCACUACGUUUAGGGGUUUCAAGCUGACAUGAAUGGUACUGCGAAUCGUGCAGAUCUGGUCCGUGCGAUUCUCAAACGACGGUAAAGAGGUUGUCGCAGGUGCAUCUUCGGGAGCGAUCAUUGUCUACGACAUCGAGUCCAAGCGGUCUAUCCUGAACGUUCGAGGCCACCAAGACGAUGUCAAUGCUGUUGCGUUCGCCGAUAGCGCUUCUUCGAAUGUCGUCAUCUCGGGGAGUGAUGAUUCGUUCGUCAAGGUUUGGGACCGGAGGUCCAUGUCGGGGAAGCAGGCAGCCGGUACACUAGUUGGACAUACUGAAGGCGUCACGGUGGGUUGUCAAACUGCUUGCUUUUUCUAUGAUAUGUCCACCCUAAUCUAAGAUCCUGGUCAUCCUGUUACAUUCUCCAACAGUUCGUCGCACCCAAGGGGGAUGGGCGAUACUGCCUUUCGAACGGCAAGGACCAAGGAACGAAGCUGUGGGAUCUGCGCAAGAUGACUUCAAACGCCGACUUUGAUCGAUUACGACUGGAUGUCAAGCACUACGGAAUUCGUGAGUGAUCAUUAGUGCAAGCACACGUUAGAUGACCUGUCCACUGAUGCCUGGCCUCUGUCCACCAGCAAAUUGGGAUUAUCGCGGUGGCUACUACGCCAAGCCACGCCACCAGCAACACCCGCAUGACUGCUCGGUCAUGACCUAUCGAGGGCACGCGGUGUUGCGUACGCUCAUUCGAUGUCACUUCUCCCCCGCGGCCACGACGGACCAGCAAUACGUCUACAGCGGCAGUUCGGACGGCAAGAUCCACAUCUGGUCCUUGGACGGCAUGCUCGUGCAAAAGAUCAAUCGGAGGUACACACACCCCUUGAUCAAUGCCGAGACGGGCGAUUACAACGAUCCGUUCGACCCGAAGCUUAGGACUAGUAAGGGAAAAUCGGGAGGUAUGGUCAUGGUCAGGGACGUGUCGUGGCACCCUUAUCGGCCGGAAUUGAUGUCGACCGCUUGGUGCAAUGGCCAUGGGGGUGAGUGCGCUUCCGAUCUUCGGGGGUGUGGGAUGAACUUGGCUGAUGGGUGCGGUUCAUCCACAGGUAUUGAGGGAGAUUUGGCAUUGCAUGCAUGGAAGGGGCCGUCCGGCGAGUCGCUUGCAGAUCGUGCAGAGAGGGAACGACUCGAGGCGAGCCAGUAG